AGCGUGUUUGCCUGAAAAAGAUAUUGAUGUGCUACCAAAAUGUGCUGAUAGAAUGUACUGCUUAGGUAUAGUACGACAUGGGUCUGACUGUAUAUAAGAUAUGCAUCGCCCAAAAUUUCUUUUCCUUUUCAAUUCAUCUCCAACUCUAGAACCUUUGUGCAGGUAAGGUAGGCAGGCCAUUUUCUCAUCUCAUCUCGUCUCUUUUUUUAUUUAAUUCCAUCUUCCAUUUUGAAAUCAUCCAAAAUCAAUAUCGGACCAUCCACGCCUUCGAGCAUAAAUAGGUAAUUGCCAUUUCCAAACGCAUCAAAUUGGUAAUUCCAAGACCGAACGGGAUAUUUGCGUUUGCCAGGUAUUCAUUUCUCGGUCGGAAACCUUCGAGAAGUCAAUAAUACCUCAUUCAACAAACUCAUUCAAUAUGUUCAGUCGACGAUUCGAACAACCAACGAACAAGAGUUUCUCCAAGUCUCAGAAGAUUAACAAAUCCAGCUCUUCAUUCAGUAAGAAUCAUGGAGUGUCCAAGAGUCGCCAUGAGCCCCGUCAACACCGACGUCCAGCCACAGCGACAUCUUCAAAUUUAGCACAUCCCACUGCUCUCUCACCAACUGGCAGCCUAACCCCCUCCAUCGUAACCCUCGUAAUCGGCAAAGACCAGCGUAUCUUCGCCGCGCACGAGGACGUCCUCUGCGCCUCGCCAUGGUUCCAGCAGACGCUGUCGGCGCAGUACCUGGAUGCCUCCUCGCCCAGCAGCAGCAGCAACGCCAAGCGCAUCCACCUGCCGGACGAGGAGCCCGAGAUCUUCUCCUCCGUGCUCGAGUACCUCUACAAGGGCGACUACUACCCGCGCCUCAUCCACAACAAGCGCCGCAACUCGUGGGAGAUGGAGCACAUCGAGGACGACGGCCAGGGCGCGCGCGAGUCCACCGUCUACCACCACGGCGUCGAUGGCGAUGUCCUGAAGGACACGGUCAUUUAUUGCACGGCUGACAAGUACGGCCUCGAGGAGCUUAAGCGGGUGUCCUUGCGGAAGCAGGGUCUGCAAUCGGGCAUACAGUGCAGCACCAUCCUAGCGUCGGCACGCUACGCGUAUGCGAACACGCCCGACACGGACUCAAAGCUGCGGGCCCACUACCUCGCGCUCAUCAUCCGCAGCCGUGGCACCUUCAAGCGGAGCGGCACGAUGCAGCUGGAGAUGUUCAACGGCGGCACGCAGCUUUUCUUCGAUCUCUUCGUCGCGCUGUGCAACCAUGUUGAUGAUAUUUCGUCGACACAGAACACCCCCCGAAGCAACCGCCACUUCUUCUGAACAUCCCAUCCCAUCCCAUCACAUCCCAGCAAACUAUCACUUCCCCAUCCAUCUCAAUAGUAUCUACCUACCAUUUCUCACCUAUUAUUAUCCCAUUCCCCAUCACGAACCCCAUAUCAUCAUCUUAAAAUCUAAUGAUCAACGUUUAUGUUUCCAUAUAACUCAGUUGUUGUAAUUAUUUUAUUUCCUUUCCUCCUGCUAUCAUCAUAAUAUCCGGAAAUCUACGAGAGGGGAAUUCUUUCUCGGUGCGGGAAGCAACACGAAAAAACACGCACUGAGAACAUUACCGGCGUUUCAGGUUUUGCUGCGUUUGGGGUCUCUCCCCCAUGCAGACAAGGAUUUUCUCGUUUUGCUGCUAUUUAGUCUUUUCACAUUUUCAUGUUCAUGUAUCAUUAUCAUGUCCGGGAAGAGGAAUUCUUCUCACGGGUAGCCUGGGGGUCACAGUUUCCACGUUAUGUUCGUUUCAUGGGAGAAACACUGCUGGGAAGAAAGACGAAACGAAGAAAAAAAAAGAUACCACGAGUUUUUGAGUUUUAAUUGUUUUAACGACGGGGUCGGG